CCAUUCAGUACAUCAAUACCUGAAAAAUAUCACAGAUUACUUUAUGAGCAAUGUAUAAAAUACACAAAAUUUGAGACUGUAUGAAGAUAUUUAAAUUUACUACCAUACGUUAAAAGCACGUGGACAUUUCUACAGGUAUAUAAUUGGCUUACGAUAUGUUCACGAAUGAGGAAAUAAGACAAAAUUUAAGUAAGCAGGUUUGCGAGUUGGAAGUACUAGAGUCUGUUUAUCCUAAAGAAUUAACUAUCGCUGACCAUGGAACACUAGCCGAUAUCAAUGAUUUUAUUCAGAAUCCUAAGCAAGAUCUUCCUCAGAGAUUGGAGUAUUCCAUUGAGCUUCCAAUUAAUGGAGGAACGAUUGAACUGCUGGUUAGCUUGUCAGCUAGCUAUCCUAAAGAGAAGCCAGAGGUUUAUGCGAGAAGUUCAUUGUUGCAUCGAACUCAGCAGCUGUGUUUGAACCAAACUCUGGGUGAUGUUCUCGAACGCCAAGAGGACAACGAGCCAUGUAUCUACGCGUUAAUAUCGUGGCUGCAGGAUCAUGCCGACGAUUACGUUGCUGUAUCGGAUGGAAAUCAGGGAAAGGAUGAUAAGAGCGAAGACAGAGGCCACAAGCAGACCGGACCUGUGACUUUUGCUAGAUAUUGGAUAUAUAGUCAUCAUAUUUAUAGCAAAUUUAAGAGAAAAGACAUAGCCAGUUUGGCGAAAGAAAAUUCUAUCACUGGCUUCUGCUUGGCAGGGAAACCAGGUGUCAUUUGCCUGGAAGGAAUUUUGGAGGACUGUGACUACUGCUGGCAGAAAAUCAAAUCUAUGAAUUGGCACAGAAUACUAAUAAGAUUAUUAGAGAAGGAAGAAAAUUGUAAGGAUGAUGUGCAGAAAUUUCAAGACUUUCAAGAAAUAUCUUUUGCUACUUCUGAACGCCACAAUGAUAUGGGCCAACUGUUGAAAUAUUUAACGGAGCAUAAGUCACAGCAUGUUUUCAAGGAACUGUUUGGUAUCGACGGCAAAACCAGCGAACUCCCAGAGUAAUAAUACGCAAUGAAAUUAUUACAAUCAUUAUGUAAAUAAUGUUAUUAAAAAUUUACAAUCAUUUUGACACUAUCCGUAAUGAGU